GAACAUUUGAACUCUAUCACCCAAGAAAAAGCCAGGACUGCUACCAGAAAAUGUAGAAGAAAUUAAUCGAUGCCUUUUUCUCACACUCUCUAAUUAUCCGCGAUGCCACUACUCGCCUCCAAAACCAACAUGCAAGACCUGGUAGGAGUUUAUCUCGAUAGUAACCACCCGCCUUUGCCACGACAGAUUGUCACUGCACCCUAUGAUUAUGUCGUAUCUUUACCGUCAAAGGGCCGCCGAGAUUUAUUUACAGAUGCCCUGAACCGCUGGCUAAAAGUAUCAGAAUCUGAUACCCGCGGAAUCAAGCAAAUCGUGGAUACAUUGCACAAUGCAUCAAUCAUGGUGGAUGACAUUCAAGAUGAAUCGUCGCAACGGAGAGGCCGUUCGUCGACUCACAUGGUGUUUGGGAUAGCUCAGACGAUUAACUCUGCCAUGUUCUCCAUCAACGAAGCGAUAGCAUGGGCACAGCGCCUGUGCGGCUCAGACGGCGUCCAAGUCGUCAUUGAGGAGCUGUCUACACUAUACACGGGCCAAAGUUACGAUAUUCACAGCUCGCAGAACAUGAGUUGCCCUACCGUAGAGGAAUAUAUUCGGACGAUCGACGGAAAAACGGGGGGGUUAUUCGAGCUGAAUGCUCGGUUGAUGGUCUUGAUGACGCCAACCAAAAUUGACUACACUAUAUUGCGCCGCCUUGUGAUUUUGCUCGGCCGCUAUUAUCAGCUACGCGAUGAUUACAAGGGCAUUCAGCAACCUGCUUCUGACAAACAAAAGGCUCAACAACUUGCUACUCCAUGGUGUGAGGAUUUAGACGGGGGGAAAUACACGCUCCCACUUAUCCACUUGUUAAAUUCUGGGGAAGAAGAGCAUCUAAUCAAGAGUGUUCUAUCAAUGCGGCAUGCCACAGGCAAAAUGGAGGACGCUGCGAAAUACGGCAUCUUGGAACGCCUGCAGCGAGCUGGAAGCUUGGAGUACACGUCAAAUAUUUUAGAGGUGGUGCAUCAAGAGCUUGUAGAGGAGUUGGACCGAGUCAGUGUGUCCCUUGGCUUUGAAAAUCCGGAAAUGCGUCUCUUAAUUGAUAUGCUGAAGAAGUAAGAUAACCGGAUACUGGCGCCGGCGCAGUUUGUUUUGUUUUCUUUCCUUCUUUCCUUCUUCUUUUCUUUUUCUUUUUUUAGAAUAUUGUACUUCGAUAUGAUAACACAGCGUAUAUCACAAGCGAGUUGAC